GUUUUACCAUUUACAAUUUUCCUGGAGCUUGAUUACAUCCGGUGUAGUUCCGCAAAUUAUGGGGAAAGAGAAUUUGUUUUAUUGCGUCUGUUACAUUAAUUUAUAAGUUUACAGAUGAAAAGGAGCUCAAUCAAUUACCUUCUUAAACAAAGAUGGCGUUAAAUAUAGAGAAAUUAUUGGGAGAUGCCCAGAUUCUGGUAGCCAGACUUAGAGAUCAUGACUCCACAGCUGACAUUCUUAUAGCGCAUACACAGACACUGCACAAAAGGCUAGAGGCCAUGAAACAGUAUCAAGAAGACAUUAACGAGCUGAAUGAGAUAGCUAAGCAUCGUCCUCGGUCGACCCUGGUGCUGGGUAUUGCCCAGGAGAACCGACAGAUACGAGAGUUACAGCAGGAGAACAGGGAGCUUCGUCUGUCUCUGGAGGAACACCAGCAAGCCCUGGCUCUGAUCAUGCAGAAGUACAGGGAACAAAUGAUGAAACUGAUCCAGAGCAAUAAACAGGAGAAAGCCAUCACACAAAGAAAGGACCAGUCUCAGCAUUUAGAAAAGUUAAUUGAUAAAAUCAGUGAAAUGGCAGCAGUGAUGCAGAAAGCAGUUACGACUGAUGAUGAAAACUCCGCAAAAGACAAAGAGAAACUAGUUCAGCUUCAGUACGAAAACAAUGGCCUACGUGAAAUCUUAGAGGUCUGCACCACAGCCAAGCAGAAAAUUCUGGAGAGUGUUUCCAAAGAUAUGGACAGCAAAGCCAUCCAAACUGAGGACUUAUCUAAAAUGUCUGACUCAGAUGAUAAUAUAUCACUGGACUCGGUUAGUACAGUGGUCGAACAAGAUGAUAUUGGUCAUGAAACAUAGACCUGUAUAAACAAAAGAGAAAGUGAUAUUAACGACUCAUAUUUGAGCUCCAUUGUCCUGUGCUGUUUAUUUGUAUUUAGAAUUUGUGUGUAUUAGGAACAAUAACCUUUUUUCACUGCUAUACAUGUAUAUGUAUUGUUCUGAUAAUUAGACUUUUUCACAUUUAAGGAACAUAAUUUAUUAUGUAUAUGUAGUUGGUUUUCAUUGAAUUACAUAUGUUUUCAUUGCAAUAAACAUGAUAAACUGA